AUGUCAGACUUGUGGACAUUUACCGGGGGGUUCGAGGAAAUCUCCCGCGACAGCCUGGAUUCCUCCGAAUUACCAGAAGUAAACAUUGCUGAUAUAAAGCACCUGGCUUCUUACAACUGGAUUGAAGCACCCGAGCCAACCAUAGCUGUCCCGGGCAGUCCAGCUCCUUGGUCUACUUCACGAGGGCCCCGACAACUGAAGAACGAUGGCGGCUUUGCUUACAGUUUUCAGAAGGCUGCUCGUGUUUGUCGUCAUUUCGAUGGCCGUUCGGAACCCUUAUUCCGCGCCCUUUACAUUGAGAAAUCCUCGUUCGACAUUAGUUCAAUCGACGUCGUGACCGACCGAAAUAACAUUCUGAAAUUUCUGUCAUUUACCAACCCUACUCAGAGCAGAUAUGUUCUUGACUCAUUUAUUAUCCAGGUGGAUAUGACUACUGGAACUGCAAUCUUCUGCCGUGAAGAGCCACCCACCUAUGAAAUUAUUGUACCAGCCCACGGUUGA